UUUUAGAGUUACAAUUGGAGAAACCCUAAACUUCUUGCAUUAUUUUGCAGCUCUUCAAUGCCGGAGUUAAUAAUAAUAAAAAUAAAUAAUAGCCUGCGAUAAACCUUUGUUUAUUUUAUUUUAUUUUUUUCGAUCGUAAGAAAAAUUAGUUUGAAAAUGACGAAAAAGUUUUUUUCAAGAAGAGAGUUGUUGGAUCGAUGGAGAGGCAUCGAAGAAGAAGAAGAAGAAGAAAGUGACGAUACUGAUCCUUCUAUACGACGUCGCCUUCACAAGCACAAAGAAGAAUGGUUUGGAGAUGCAUUCAGUAUGUUGAUAAGUUUGCCAAAGGAAAAUCAUAUCUGGUGUGGCACUUGGGACAUAAUGGGUCCUCUAUUGGAAACUUUCUACAAUUAUUUCAAAGAUGACCGCGAUGAUUCUCCUCUCAGGCUUCUAUGGAAGAGGAUCUCUGAGGAAAUGCGACAUUGUAUCCAAUGCGUUUCUCAGCAUCAUCAUGCCAAAGAGAUGUUCAGCAUGGAAUAUGAGUUGUGUUCCGUAGGUCCCCUUCUUGAGGUGUUGCGGAGCCUUGAUGAGGAAAGGGUGACUCAACAUUUGAGAGAGAUGAAUGAAAGAUUGGUGCGGCAGGAGUAUGAUCCUCUAUGUGAUAAUGCUGAGGUUGUCAACCUCAUGUAUGAGGUUUUGAUGUUUCCUGUCCUAUUAGAUGAUCAGUCCCUGUUUAUAGAAUUUGAAAGAUUCAUUGUGGCAGUUGAUAAUAUGCAUGAACUGGCUUUGGCUGGGCAACAGUUUCCGGGUGUUUAUGCAUUGCUUUUUUUCAAUAGAAGAGUGAGGACUGUUGGUCAUCGAUUAGCUAGAUCUAUGGGAAAAUUGAGGAGAGCAACUGACUUGGAACCUUUGCAAACUUUGCUUAAAAAAUUCAUUGGCUUUUUGGAGAAUGAAGUAUUGCCUUCAACUUUAGAGACUUCAAGGCCAAGGACACAGCUGGACCGAAUACCUAUAUGGCUUGGAAUUACAUCAUUGCUUGAGUUCUUGGAACCUCCAGCCUUUGAGGAGGGAAUACUAGAGCGCUAUCCCAUCUUUUUUGAUAUGGUGCUCAACCACAUCAGUGGUGAUUCACAUGAAUUUUCCCAUGCUGUUAACUGCUUAAGAGAACUCUUCAAAAUGCUUGGUUGUAAGCUUUGGCUGAGGUCUACAUUAUCUCCAAGUGUGAUGCGCAACACAUUGUUGGGGCAAUGUUUUCACACUAGAAAUGAGAAGAUACAUAAAGAUAUUUUUGAUCUUUUCCAGCCAUUUUUGCAGUCACUUGAAGCUUUGCAAGAUGGUGAACAUGAAAAGCAACGCAGGAGUUUCCUUUAUUUUCUUCUCCAUCAAGUUCCUGUGAGCAGUAACUUCAGUGUUUUAACAAGAAAAACUGCAUGCAAGAUUGCUUUUCUUAUCAUACAACGAGGUUACAAGAUGAAUCCACCAUUCCCUCCUUUUGAGUGUGCACAUAUGUGGGGUCCUUCGCUUGUUUCUUCCUUGAAGGAUUCUUCACUCCACAGUUCUCUGCGCCAGCCUGCCUUUGAUCUCAUACAAACCAUUCUGGUGUCUGAUGCUGCUGCCUUAAUAACUUCAAUGCUGAAUUGCAGCACUGCUACCAGUAUUUCGAAAAACACUUCUAUUGAGUUAGAUGAUGAAGAAGAAGAUAAUGAGCUUCUGUUUACUAAGGAUGUUGAAGAGAAAGAUACUAGUUGUUGGAGUGAAUUUAGUGCUCAGAGUCUAAUUACUUCUCGGGAGUGUAGAGAGUGGAUGUGCAUUCCCAUGUUGUGGAUUGAUGUUCUUAUUGAUAUUGAUCCUCCAGUUCUCCCAAUAUCAUUUUCCAAGGCUGUAUUAUGGGCUCGAUCUCGUUUCCCUCUGGUAGAACCUGAGAAUAGUGCAGAAUUGGCUCUUGAUAUUAGAGGUUGGCUUUCAUCAUCUGCUGCAGAAAUCUCGAGUACAUUUGGAUGGAAGGUACCAACUGGUUCUGAUGAUGGAGAGAAGGAAUCUAAAAACUCAAUGAGAUUGUCAACCAUGUGUCUUCCUUUAAUAAAGACGUUCAACAGGUUAACUGCACAUUUUUUGAUUCGAAUGGGGGCAAGGGGAACUUCUCAAGCAGUGGACUGGGAACCAAGGAUGGGGGGCUUGAUCCUCUCUCUUGUGGACCCUAAUGAUAAUGUGAGACAAUUUGGCAAGUGUAUCUUGGAACAAGUUUCAAAUAUGCGGGGUCUUGGUUGUAGUUUGAAGUUUCUUUGCACCAACGUUUUUUCUCUAUCUGCUGUUUAUUUGGGUGUGAGGCAUGCCUUGAAACUUGUCCAGCUAGAUUCCGUUCUAUUAAAGUUUCAGACUUUGCAUCACUUUUUCUUUGUUCUAUGCAAGUUACUUAAAGACGAGGACUUGCCUAAUUCAGAUUUAUCUGAGAAUUCAUCCAAUGUCUCAAAUGUCAUGAAGUACUCUUCUCAGGGUGGAUUUCUUAAGCAGCCAUUAUUUGAAGUUUUGCCUGCAAAUAAGGGUGGAAAUUACUCAAGUGUUGACCUAGAAUUGAGGGAAAAUUUCUGUUCCUCAUUGUCAGAAAUGGCAUGGCCAACCUUAUGCAAAUGCUUGGUAGAAGGGAAGGCAUUUAUUGAUUACAGUAUUUGUCAGAUGACUUGUGUGCGUGUGCUUGAGAUCCUCCCUGUUCUAUUUGGAAGACUUGGUCCAUCAUUUGCUAGACCGUUUGGAGAUUCUAAAGUAGCAUUAGAGAAUUUCAUGGAUUUCAAAUGGCUUCAUGAUCUUAUGGACUGGGGAAAGUCACAACUUAAGGUCAUUGUUGUCUAUUGGAGAAAGGCCAUAAUCUCUUUGCUGAAUGUGUUCAAACUAUUAAGGAGUGAUAGUUCUCUAUUAAUGUUCACGGCCAUUGAAAAUCUUAUUUCAAGUGAUGCUGUUGACAUGGAUGAAUUGACGGAACAAGUAUCACGACUUUGUGUUACAUUAUCUAAAGAAGUUUCUUGCGGUCUUGGACAUUCAACCUUGAGGUCAAAAAAAUUGUUUAGGUACUCUACACCUGACGUGCAGCCUUCUUCUAUUGAAACAAAUGUAAAAGCCUUGGAUUCCUUAAAAGUGGAAAAAAGAAAGAAUGAAAAUAAUCUGAUUGUUCUUUCUGACGAUGAGGAGGAGAAAGAUAUUGCAUCUGAUAAGUCAAGUCACAAAAUGUUGGAUGGGAAGGCAGGGUUUCCUUCGAACGAUGAGCAUGCUUCAGAAGCUGACCAUGCCGAGAAGGAUGUCCAUAGCACUGCCGCUGAUACUUCAAAGAAUUUAUUCGAGUCUCCCCUUAAAAGAGAUUCCCUUGUUUCCCAGAAGCAAGAACCUGAGAAAUCAAGAGUCAAGCACUCAGAAGAACAAAAUGAUGAAUCUGUCAAACUUAACAGUAUUAAUCAAGGUUGCAACAAAAUAAUUUCUGGAACAAAUGAUACUAUUUUGAAGGAGUUGGUACAUGAUGCUGCAGAAGAUCCAUUGGAGUCUGCUUUCAGAACUGCAAGAGUACAGUCAUCAUUUCUUGCAAAAGCAGGUCCUUUUGUUCCUAAAAGGCAAGUCAUUCAACUUAAAUCACCCUUUGGAAACAGAUCUAGCCUACACAGGCUGGAAGCUCAGGUUAAAAGGUUCAAGCCUCCAAGACUUGAUGACUGGUAUAGGCCAAUAUUAGAAGUAGAUUUCUUUGUAACAGUGGGAUUAGCAUCUGCAAGUGAUGAUGAGAGUCGCACUGUUAACAAAUUAAAGGAGGUCCCUGUGUCAUUUCAGUCACGCUGAACAGUAAUGUAAACAUUUUCGGCCAUUGAUUUUGAGGAGUUAAAGCACAAUUUGCAUAAUUCCUUUCUGGAGAUGUCCUCAUGGAGGAGAUGGUAUUAUGGCGUAUAUCUGGCUGUCGGUUGAGAGGUUGGAUUCCAUUUUGCUCGAUUUGUCUAUGAUGGUGAUGAUUCUACAGCAUCUAAAACUUUAGAGAAUGAUCUUAUUUUGCUUACUAAAGAGCCUCUAAAAAGUACCUCCCAUGAUGUUCAUAUGGUUGGAAAGGUGGAGAGGCGUGAGAGAGACAAUAAAAGAAGGUCAAGUAUACUGCUGAUUCGGUUUUAUCUUCAGAAUGGUUCAAUACGUUUGAAUCAAGCUAGGAGGCAGCUUCUUGAACGUAGUAAAUGGCAUGCCAGUCGCAUCAUGAGCAUUACACCCCAGCUUCGAGAAUUUCAGGCACUAUCAGCAGUAAAGGAUAUCCCUCUGCUUCCUAUCAUUUUAAACCCUGUCAAUGAUUCUACCAUCUCUGAUAAACCAAGACUAGAUUUCAGUAAGCUGUCCCAGCCCUUGCAGCAAUUACUGAGGUCAUCCUUCAAUGAUAGCCAGCUUCAAGCUCUGAAUGUUGCUGUUGGAUCACAGAAGAUAAAGAAAGAUUUUGAAUUGCAUCUUAUUCAGGGUCCUCCAGGGACUGGAAAGACCCGAACUAUUGUGGCCAUGGUUGGUGUUUUCCUUGCUUCCCUUCAACGGAGAACAAAUGAAUCAGAGAAUUCACAGAAUGGUGAUUUGAAACAAAGCUAUAGUUCUUCCACCAAUUCAAGGACACGAGUCAGCCAGGCCACAGCCAUUGCAAGAGCAUGGCAGGAUGCUGCCUUGGCUAGACAACUAACUGAGGAUGUUGAAAGGUCAAAAAAAUCAACAGAAAGUUCUACAAGAGGAAGAGUGUUAAUUUGUGCUCAGUCAAAUGCUGCAGUUGAUGAGUUGGUGUCAAGAAUAUCUAAUGGUCUAUAUGGGAUAGAUGGAAAGAAGUACAAACCUUAUCUUGUACGGGUUGGAAAUGUAAAAACCAUGCAUCAAAAUUCUCUACCUUUCUUCAUUGAUACACUUGUUGAUCAUCGGUUGGCAGAAGAGAAAAUGCAUACAAAUGAUGCUAGGAAUGAUUCAAGUGUAGAAUCUUCUUCUACAGUACUGCGUUCUAAUCUGGAAAAGCUAGUUGAAGACAUCAGAUUCUAUGAAACCAAGCGUGCCAACAUAAGGGAUGGAAAUUCGGGCCUGAAGAAAACUUCAGAAGAUGGAUCUGAUAAGGAAACGGAUGUAAAAGAAAUGUCUGAUUUGGAAGUAGAGGCAAAGCUACAACGAUUGUAUGAGCAAAAGAAACAAAUUUAUAAAGAUCUUAGUGCUGCUCAGGCACAAGAGAAGAAGACUAAUGAAGAAACCAAAGCAUUAAGGCAUAAACUGCGGAAGUCUAUUCUAAAGGAGGCUGAAAUAGUUGUCACAACAUUAAGUGGUUGUGGUGGAGAUCUCUAUGGAGUAUGUGCUGAAACCAUAUCAAGUUUUAAGUUUGGCAAUCCAUCUGAACAUACUCUUUUUGAUGCUGUUGUGAUCGAUGAAGCGGCUCAAGCUUUGGAACCAGCUACUUUGAUUCCUCUUCAGCUUUUAAAGUCAAGAGGGACAAAAUGUAUCAUGGUUGGUGAUCCAAAGCAGCUUCCUGCAACAGUUCUCUCUAAUAUUGCAAGCAAAUUUAUGUAUGAAUGUAGCAUGUUUGAGCGUUUACAAAGAGCUGGUCAUGCUGUUGUUAUGCUUACUGAACAGUAUAGGAUGCAUCCAGAGAUAUGUCGCUUUCCUUCUUCACAUUUUUAUGACAAUAAGUUGCUGAAUGGUAAUACAAUGUUGAGCAAAUCAGCAGCAUUUCAUGGGACUGAAGGCCUUGGUCCUUAUGUGUUUUAUGAUGUUGUUGAUGGUCUGGAGCUUCGUGGCAAGAAUUCUGGUGUGUUAUCUCUUUACAAUGAACAUGAGGCUGAUGCGGCAGUUGAGCUGCUUAGAUUUUUCAAGAAAAAGUAUCCAUCUGAGUUUGUUGGCGGCAGAAUUGGCAUAAUAACUCCAUACAAGCGUCAGCUUUCUCUUUUGCGUUCUUGCUUUUCUAGUGCAUUUGGUUCUUCUGUUAUGGCUGAUAUAGAGUUCAACACUGUGGAUGGUUUUCAAGGCCGGGAGGUUGAUAUAUUAGUGCUUUCCACAGUUAGAGCAGCAAGUUCUUCGACGGGCAUAAGUUCAAGCAGUAUUGGGUUUGUUGCUGAUGUAAGACGGAUGAAUGUGGCCUUGACAAGAGCCAGGCUCUCUCUCUGGAUUUUGGGGAAUGCUAGAACUUUGCAGACAAACCAUAAUUGGGCUGCUCUUGUGAAGGACGCUAAGCAGAGAAAUUUGGUGCUAUCAAUUAAAAGGCCUUACCAUAUCAAUUUUAGAACAAGUGCUAGAAAAAAUCUUGUUCCAGAAGAUUCUGAUAAUCAUCUGAGUCAGGUUAGGCAUGUCAAAAAGGUUGGAGGUGCUGGCCAACUUGCAAAAAAUGAGUAUGGGGAAAAGCAGAAGUUUGAAAGGAACAGAAAGCAUAUUGACAGUGUGGCUGGCUGUAACAGGACUGUUGCUGGAGAUGAUGAUAACUCUUUGAAAAGGAAAGAUAUCCCCUGUAGCCAAAGAAAAGCAAAGGAUGAUUGUUAUCCUCCCAUUGAAAGGAGUAUUUCAUCUGCAUCUGCAUCUGCAAAUGAUAACAAAAGACAAUUGCAGUAUGAGAAGUCUAGGAUUCCAGAGAAACUGGCUACCUGUAGGGGAAGCCAAGAGAAAGAGACUAGUGAAGUGCAAGUCAAUUCAAGGAAAAACCAGAUGAAAGAAAGAAGUAAUGAAAAUACCGGACAAGAAGUCGGUCACAGCAGGAAAAAUAAGAAAUUUAAUUUUUCAAAAGAAUCAAAGAAAUCUUCUGGGCAGGAACAAAGAAGUUUGCAUCUUUCAACUCCCAGACCUGACAGCAACAAGAAAGAUAGAGUAGCAAAUGAAGGUUACAGAGAUCCUAAGGAUGUUGGCUCUUCUCAGAAUUUAAAUGUGAAAAGGAAGCAGCAACGUGAAGCUGUUGAUGCUAUUCUUUUCUCAGCUCUAAUUCCCUCAAAGAAGUCUGAACAAUCAACAAAAAAUUUACACCAAAAAAGGCCACUUUCCCCAUCUUCACUUGUAAGUGAUGGCUUCAAUCCACCUAAGAAACGAAAAGGUCCACCAAAAUCCUAAACAAGGGCACUUCACUGCAAGAUCAGAUUCAUCUAUAGCACAGUGCUUCAGACAAUUCUUUGAGCUUAUAAGGGCCCAAGGAGGAAAGUUUUCCACUUUUCUGUAAGCAAAGGAAUUUAACGGAAUGCUGCUAUCAUCUUUGUACACAAUGAUAAAGUAGAAAGAAGAUUCUGGGGCUCUUAGCUAGGUUGCGCAAGGAAUGAGGUAACCAGCGGCUGUCUCAGCUUCUUCCUAAGAUCAGUAAACUAGGUUUAAGCUUCUGUCGCUGUGCUAUCGGCUUUGUAAGUUGUAUUGAAUUAUAAGGAAGAUAGUAGAGCAGCUAAUUGGAGAAUCAGAUAAAAUUUAUUGCAUUCAUAGCAUGGGGAUUAGUUGAAACUGAACUCCAAUCUUAAUGCUACGAUGAAUAGUCUUAAUGGAAGAGUGGUAUGGGUACCAACAUUUGUGAGUGUCUUGGCUCACAAUUGAAAUCCUCUUUUAAACUUCUUUUGAGGACUGUAUCCUCAUAGAACUUCGUAGAUUCAAAAUUAAAUCUUGGCUUUUGCUUUAUAUCCUCCUGUUUCCGGUUGAAAAUGUGAAUGUUACUAUUGUAAAUACUUAGUAAUAUUUUUGUUACCA